AUGACAACCGAGAGCUAUUUGAAGCCUCGCGCGAAGAUUCGCCGCACGCACUACGUCGAUUUGAACAAAUUGGUGUGGAAGUACUUCAAAGAGUGCCAGGAGGCCGGCGUCACGUUGAACGGCAAAAAUUUGAAGGAUCAAGCGAUGCGAUAUGCCAAAUAUCUUGGUCUCGACACGUUUCGCGGCUCCGAGGGAUGGCUCGACGCGUUUAAGCGACGGCAUCGCAUCGAUUUGCGCUUGAUGACCGGUCAGCCGGUCGCCUAUGAGAAUGAGUUUUGCGAAAUGGACGGCGAGAUGGACACUGGCGAGGCGAGCAGCGCCGGAUCGCCGCUGGCGAGCGAUAUGCAGCCGACGUCGUCGUCGUCGCUGAUGGAAUCGUUGGCGGCGGCGGCGGCGGCGGCAGCAGCGGCAUCAACGCCGCCUACCGAACAGGCGACGGCCAACUUCACUGAUAUCAAGCCACUCGAUAUUGCUGGUCUCAUGUCAGCGCCGCAGCAGCAGCAGCAGCAGCAACAACCGCCGACGCCGGUUCGACCAAUUCCGCAGAGUAUUCCGAAUCCCAUGAUCAUGUUUGAUAACAUAAUGAAAGCGAAGACGCCAGAAUCGAAUCCUGUACUCGACAUAGUGAGAAGCUGCUCGUUGCGACACCCGAAUAAGGAAGUGCAGUAUGCUUUGGAUAUUUUGCGAUGCUAUGUGCUAUCGAAAGACGCCAAUUCGAUGGGAAUGAUUGUGCAGCUUCAGGAGGCGUUGGCGGCGGUGAGAAUGAAUGACCUUAUAAAUUGGGGCCCCAGAGAGGAUAUUGCGAGAGAAUGCGCCAUCUGCCAGGCGCCAUCGAAUGGCUAUCACUUCAACGCGCCCUCGUGCUCGGCGUGCGCCGCGUUCUUCCGUCGAACCGUCACGUUGAACCGGAAUUUUCUAUGCGCUCAUCAUGGAAGCUGUCAAGUCAAUUUCACGAUGAGAGUCAUAUGCAGAGCGUGCCGAUAUCGAAAAUGCAUUCAAAUGGGAAUGGAGAGAGCGGCCGUUCAGCCAAGAAGGGAUUGCAACGCGGGACGAAGGAAAAUAAUGUACCAAGAUGCGAAAAGAAGGUCUCAUAAGUGUAUAUCGAAGCCAUCUUCAAGUCUGAAUUCUGAAUUUCCGAAUUUUGUUAACCAAAAUGAGCACAGUGACCAAAGCCCUGAAAUCCACUACGCGCAAUCAUAUUCGUCGUCGAUUUCCGAAGAUAAUCCGUCCCCGAAAAUUUCAAUACCGUUUAAUGGAUUCAAUAAAGAUUUUGAAGUGGAACAAUUGCUGGAUGACCUUUUAAGGGAAGAGCGACUAUUCAACGAGCGACGAAAAUUGCUCUACUGCUCGCAUAGUAGUAUUUCGAAGCUUCUCAUCACCGAAAAUGUCAAUGAUAUUCCGUUCAGCGAGCACGACAUUCAGCCGUUGAGCUUCACCUCAAUUCAAAAACACAUUCGCCCGCAGAUUCUUCUGAUUUAUGAAUGGCUUCGAGGCUGGAAGCAUUUCGAUAUGCUCAACACCCACGAUCGACUGAUAUUCCUUCGACGAUGUGUUCUAUACCACACGAUUCUCGAUCCGUCGUACAUUUCCUAUCGAAUCGGACUACCGCAAAAGUAUAUCAUGUUUGAUGGGACGUUUGUGAGCGCCGUCGAAGGCGAUAAUACCGGAUGGCACGAUGAGAAUGGGUGUAUCAGUUCGGAACUCAAGAAAAAACUCUAUCGUCCUUUAAUGCUUCGAGCGAUCAAUGAGAUUUGCGCGCCGAUGAGCGCCAUGAGUAUGAGUUUUGUCGAGUUUGUGAUCCUCAAAGCGCUCGCCUGCUUCAAAUCAGCAAGCAGUCUCGAUAUUUCGCCGAACGUCAAAAAAUUCAUGGACACUCAUCUCGAUCAGUUGUUGAAGGCGCUGAAUCUUCACUAUCAAAGCUUGAAUCUCGCCAAAGGCGAAAUCGCUCAGCGGACCGGCAACGUCAUCCUAAUGCUCAGCAGCAUAUUCGCCGUCGGAAUGGAAUGCCAAGAAUCGCACCAGAAAAUCCAAUUCUUCGAUUUGUGGCAACUCGACGAUCUCCUCAUAAAGCUAAUUAGUCCGGCAUGA